AUGGGAUAUCUGUCUCGUAUGACACAAUGGAAGAGUAAAUUGUCUCUCGAAGAUGAUGCUUCACCAUUAGAUGGCGGCAAUAAAUCUAAGCUCAAGUUGGGCUUGUUUUCGUAUCCAGUUCUGCAAGCUGCGGAUAUUUUGGUUCAUAGAGCAACCCACGUUCCCGUUGGCGAAGAUCAAUCCCAACAUCUGGAAUUUGCUCGUGAAUGCGCUACAAAUUUCAACCAUGCAUAUGGGCCCCAUCUCAUUGCGCCUCAGACGCUCCUUUCCCCAGCAAAACGCAUUAUGUCCCUCCAAACCCCCACCCAAAAGAUGUCCAAAUCACAUCCCUCUCCCAUCUCCCGUAUCCGCCUUACCGACCCACCCAACACCAUCACCAAAAAGAUCUCGUCUGCCCUGACUGACUCUCAAAACGCGGUUUCUUAUUCACCCUCUGAGCGUCCUGGUGUUUCUAAUCUUCUCACACUAUGGUCAUCAUUUGAUACCCAAAACCCAAAACGAACACCCGCGCAAAUAGCCGAGGAAUGCGAGGCAAAGAAGUUUACUUUGGGAGACUUGAAGCGGGAGACUGCUAAUGCGGUGAACACGGGAUUGGAGCCAAUUAGAAAGAAUUAUGAGAGACUGUUGGGGGAUGAAGGUUAUGUGGAGGAAGUAGCGAGGAAGGGAGGUAUCAAGGCGAGGGAGAAUGCGGAGAGGACUAUGGUUGAAGUUAGAGAGGUGGUGGGGUUCUAG